AUGGAUUUAAACGACAAUAAUAACACGGAUCCGUCAGCUGAUUCAUUAAAUGAAAGACAGGAGAGUGUGACUACAAAAAACGAAACGCAGAGUGAAAACCCACAGAAGGGAGAUGAAGAAGAAAAAAUUGCAAGCGCAGAAACGAAUCAAAAUGCUUUAAAUGCUGUUAAUGAUAUUGUAAAUGACACAAGCACAGGAACAAAUUUAGACUCUUUGAACAAGAGUAACAAUUGUAAUACGGAUACUAGUAUCAAUGCGACCGAAUUGGAAAACCAAAAUAUUUCAAAGGAACUCUCUGCUGAAAAGUUAACUGAAAAUAUUGAAAUUAAUGAAGAUGAGAAUAACUUGGAUGUGAAUAACGUAAAUCCUAAUAACGUGAAUAUGAAUAAUAUGGAUGAGAAAAAUGCAUCCAAUUUAGUCGAAGAAGAAAAUAAAAGUGAAAAAGAUGAAAAAAAGAAAGAGGAUUUUCCACAUAAUGAAGGAAAGGGCUUAGAGAAUGUUUCUACAAGCCAAUGUGCGGAGGUCACCGUUUCCCCCAAAGCACCUUCCCCACCUACGAACAACGAGCCAUUAUACAUCGAAGUGAAAGGGCUUUUGCAGGUUCUUAAUGCCAAAGAUUUUGCAAAAAAUAUGAGUAUGGAAAAUAUAAAAUUGAGAGAAGAAAACGAAAAUACAAUGAUUAGUAAACGUGCAUUUAGUAUUCCAAAUAAAGCAGUUUCGAAAGUCUUUUCAAAGGGAAUAAAUAUGCAAAACAGCAAAAAUAAUAAUACAUUUGCUCAAAAAAUUCCAGUAUUGUCUAAAUCAACAAUUAUUCAAAAAAGACCACCUUUACUAAUUAAGUCGCCCAUAAAUUCACCAAAUAUAUUGAACAAAACUAACCUUAACAAGGAUGAAAUUAUCGGAAAAAUGUUACAUAAUGAUAAAGGAAAAAAUAUUUUUAGAAAUUUAUCAAAAAAGGUUCCACCACCAGAAGUGCCAAAAAUAAAACCCAAAGAAAUGCUUAAAACGAAUUUUGUACCUUCUAAAGAAAUUAAUAAGGACGAAAAAGGGAAAGUAAUGCUCGUAAAAGAAAGAACACCUUUAAAGAUUCCACCAAAAAUUAUGCCUUUUUUGGUUAAAGAGAAAAGUGUUAAACACAAGGCACCGCCUAAGGGUAAUAUAAAACACACACUACAUUAUCUAAAGAAGGCUGCAGAAAUAAAAACCAAGGAAACCGAUGAAUAUGUGAUAUCGAAGAAAGAAAGAACAAAUAAUCCUACUAGUAAUGCAAAAAAAAACUUAUUAAUCACUCGGAAAUUUAUAGAAAAACCAAAAAAUACUCAAAAAAUUAAUUCCUUAAAAAUGGAAGCUAUUAAAAGAGGAAAAGCAAUUUUGGACACAAGGAAAAUUUUAGCAAUAAAACCAACUUCCAAGUUAGAAAGUGAAUCAAAAACUAAAGAAAAAGAAAGAAAGAAAAAAUUAUUACUUAAAAAUGUACAGGAUAAGAAGGCACAGUUUUCCGAAGGAUCGCUAGACAUUAUUUCCCCCAAAUUAAACGAUAACUCAACUGUGGAUAAUGAAAAAAAUUACAAAAAGGAGGAAUAUACCAAGACAAGUGACGAAAUGGACAAUGAACAGAACAAAACAAAUGAUGAUAUCAAGGAGGAACAAUCUCAGAUAGAAAAUGAGGAACGCAUAGUAACUGACAUAGAACGAAAAAAAGAAAGAGAAAAAACACAAGAAGAAAAAAAUGAAUUUGAAAUAAAUAAACAUGGAAAAGAUAUAAAUGAUUUGACAGAAAGAGAAACCAAGAAUGAAGGAAGAGUAGCUGAUGUAAAGGAAAUCGCAGAAGCAGAAAUGGAAAAAAAGGUGGGCCAUGGUGAUAACAAUUUUAACAAAGAAAAUGGAGAAAAAGAAGAAAAAAAUGCAGAUGCCAAAGGUGGGGAAGAGAUUUUAAUCAAUCAAAAAAUUUUAGAGCCAGAGGAGGGAGUAGUGGAAAGAACAAAAGAAGACGUGGAAUUAGACGAUAAGGAAAAAUUGGAUGAUAAGGAAAAAUUGGACGAUAAGGAAAAAUUGGACGAUAAGGAAAAAUUAGACGAUAAGGAAAAAUUGGAUGAUAAGGAAAAAUUGGACGAUAAGGAAAAAUUGGACGACAAGGAAAAAUUGGACGAUAAGGAAAAAUUGGACGAUAAGGACAAACUGGGAGAGGAGAUGAGCAAAAAAGAAGAUCAAAUGAAUGAUAAAACAGAAGAAAAAGUACUACCAACAGAACAAACAAAAGAAUUAAAGAACCUAGAAUUAGAUGAGAAAAAGAAAAGCCUCCAAAAAAAAAAAGAACCAAUCGAAACUUUGAACGAGGAAAAGGAUAUGAAAAAAACAAAACUUGAGUUAAAGUCAGAAACAGGUCAGAAACUAAAUAAAAAGGUUACAAAGAAAGGAGGUAAUGUAUUAUCAAAAGAUGAGGAAGUAACGGUGGCGUCUCCAUUGAAAGCCAAGCAAAGUAUGAAACCAGCUUUUAACGUAAAGCAAAGUUUAAAGGCACCUAUGAGCAUGAAGCAAAGUGUAAAGGCACCGUUGAAUGUGAAGCAAAACGUAAAAUCAGAGUUAGCCUUAAAACACAAGGCAACGAUGAAAGGCAUCCCAGCUUUAUUAAAAUUUAAAACAGAUGUCAACGAUAGUGUAAAGGAAAAAAAGAACGUAAAAAAUGAAAAAAACAGUGAAUUAAUCAAAAGUAGCAUUGACAAGAAUUCACCACAAAGAAAAAGCACCUUAUUUUUGAAAAAGGCUAGUGGCCUUAAGAAAGCUACAUUAAGUAAAAAUUCUAUGAAAGAAAUAGAUGUAGAAAAAAAAAAACUUUUAAAAAAGAUAAACGGAUCUAUAAGUGAUAAAAAUAUGAAGAAAGAUUCAGAAAAUGAUAUCAUUCCUAGUAAAAAUAUUCCCAAAAAAGUUUCUUUGGCAUCCAUUAAAAAUGCUUCGUCUAUUUUGAAAAAAAAAGUGCUGAGUAAAUCGAAGACUGAUAACAUUAAUGAGACAGCAAUAGACAUGGAUAACCCAAUUGUAUCUUCAAAAUCAGAAAAUAUUCAUAACAUAUCCGAGCAAAAUAAUAAAAAAAAUGAACCAAAAGAAGAUGGGUUAUUUAUAAGAAAGUUAUUAAGCUCAAAAAUAAUAAAACUAAGUGGAAAAUCAAACAAUUUAAGUAUGAGUAAAUUAAGUUCCUGCGACGAGAGUGAUAAUAAAAAUAAGAAACCAUCUCCUAUUCGCAAGAACGAAAUGGGAUCUAGUAAGGGAUUUCAAGAAAUGAAUAAGAAAAUAAAUAGUUCUUUGAAACCGUCCAAAUCGUUAAAAAAACAAAAGUCCAAGUCAAGCAAAAAGAUAAACAUAAGUGAUGAUAUAUCAAACGUAGAAGAAAAAGCAGUUAAAAAAGUUGCAAAGUUGAGCAGUUCAAAAAAGAUAAAAAGUGCAAUAUCACAAAUAAAAAUGGAAAAAAAAAUGAAAAAAUUAAAAUCGGAAAUAUUGCAAAAAGAAUCAAGCAGUUUAACCAAAUUGAAAGAUAAAAAGAUUUCAAAGAAAUAUAAAUCAAUAGGUAGUAAUGGGAAUAAUAAAGUCGCAGAGGAAGAAGGGGGUAAUGACUCUUUACUUGAAAAGGAAUUAUUGAAAAUGAAAUCUUUUAAGGAUAAAUGGAACAAUGAUUACGUAACACCAAGAAUAGGAGGAUUCGAAAUAUCAAAUAGUUUUUCCCAUAGCAAGCCAGAAAUAUCCAACAUAGACUCGUCUGACAAUAAUAUGCCCCAUUCUAUUGCUACCCCUUCUGUGGCAUCCAAAAAAAUGAAAAAAAAGAAAAAAAAAAUUAGUAGCCGCAUGAAUGGAAACAUGCGAAGCACUGUACAUGUAGAUGAUGUUCUUAAAAAUAAAGUAGUAAAUAUGAACGUCAAAAAAAUUGUCUCUAACCCAAGUAUGAAAUCUGUGGAAUGUAAAAAUGAGAGCAAAUUAAAAGAAGAAGAGCCAAUAACCACGACUUUACAUAAAGAGAGUACUUCUUCUAGUACAAGAGGUGAAGAAGAAAGAAAACGUAGAGAAGAAAAUAUGGAAAUUUUAAAAUUAAGAAACGCUUCUCUAUUCAAUUUUAACAGGCUGAAAUCAACAAACACUUUAAGAAAUUUAUCAGUUCAAGUGAUGCUAGAACCACCCACUGAGUUGUCAGAGAAAGGUGAACCAAAUCUGAAUGUAAAUAAUUUACACACGAAAAAGCCAGUGGGAAGAACACCAAGUGGGGUUAUACAAAAUUCUAAUUGGAUAUUUGACAAAUGUUGUUCAGCGGGAAAUAAUAAAACUGAUCAUUUUUAUGAGAGAAAAGAACCAGCUGUACAAAACUUUAGCUCACUGUUCAACGUGAAUAAUAAAUAUAUUCCAUUAAACACGAAUUCACAAAUAUCACAUAUGCCAAGUAAUAGCAUAAAGUUGUCAAAUGUAUAUGAAUCAGAUUUAUUCACCUCAAAUUGGACGCCAAACAGGGAACACUACCCAAUUGGGCAGAUGAGCAGCAAUGGGAGAAGCACUAAGGAAGGACCAAUGAACAGACGAAUGGAUAGUCAACUGAGUAACCAAAUGGGCAGACGAAUGGAUAGUCAACUGAGUAAUCAAAUGGGCAGACGAAUGGAUAGCCAACUGAGUAACCAAAUGGGCAGACGAAUGGAUAGCCAAUUGAGCAAUCCACUGAGCAGCCACAUGGAUAAUCGAAUGAACAGGAGCAAUACACAUCUAAACAGUAAUAUGAAUCCUGGAUUGUACAGCAGUAAAUCAUUUAUAAAUACUAGUAACCAUUUGGAAUUAAAAAGAAGACCAUCAUGUGGAACAAUAGCGAACUAUUGCAGUUGUAUAUAA